AUGGCAUCCCCGCUUGGUGCUUCUAUCCAAUCCAGUAAUUUAAGAAGCCCUUUUCUUGGAGAGGCAAAUGGAAUCUGUGUGCCAAAAGUGGCUAUAUCUCGGGUUGGUUUUAUGAGAAAGACUGUGGAAUGCAAGGAAUCAAGAAUUGGCAAGCAACCGAUACCAGUGCCUUCCAAUGUGACAAUCACAAUGGAAGGCCAAAAUAUGAGUGUAAAGGGCCCAUUGGGACAGCUCGCUAUUACUUAUCCACGAGAAGUCAAGGUUGAUAAGGAAGAUCCGGGAUUUCUUAAGGUGAAAAAGGCAGUGGAGACAAGGAGAGCCAAUCAAAUGCACGGUUUAUUCAGGACCCUUACCGAUAACAUGGUGGUGGGUGUUUCUAAAGGAUUUGAGAAGAAACUUCAGUUGAUAGGUGUAGGGUAUCGUGCUACAGUUGAAGGAAAAGACAUUGUUCUUAAUCUGGGGUUUUCCCAUCCCGUUAGGAUGACAAUUCCUGAUGGCCUGCAGGUGAAAGUGGAAGAUAACACAAGAAUCACCGUGAGCGGGUACAACAAAUCUGAUAUCGGUCAAUUUGCUGCGUCGAUUAGGAAGUGGAGACCUCCAGAGCCAUAUAAAGUUAUAUUAACCUGGCUGAGAGUUAGGCCGUUGAAUGUGUAA